AUCUAUGUUUCAUCCUUCGAUAAAUUCAGAGUAUUCUUUAUCCCAGCAAGACUACAUCUACGAAGGUAGUGUGUUUGCUAGUGUGGUCUCCCAAAAUACGGAUUUUCAGCUUUCAUCAAAAGAUAUGAAUUACUUCGCCAAAAACAAAGAAUUUUAUUCAGAAAUAAUCGGAUCAAAUUGAAUUGAAUCCAAAAGUGAGAAACAAUCUACAGCUCUUGAGAGCAAUGGUUGAUCCUUGAUACAGCUAAGAGAUAAAGGCCAUAAGCUUCAAGUCUUUUCGUCUACUGUAGCACAGCCUGCAAUAGAGGAUUCAUCAUUAAGGAGUCAGGUAGAAGUGAUUGCUCAAGAUAAAAAUCUUGAUAGUAAUGUUAGCCCUCACUCCUCUCCACCAUCCCAGGACGGCAACAAGCAUUUGAGACUUCUUCAAAACACAACUAGAUAUGACCAAAAUCUAAGAGACUGCCUCAGGUUUUGCAGGAAGUUCUUUCUACAAUUCUUUAAAAACCACAACCCUGAAAUCGUUCGGAAGAGGUACGUUAACUGACCGAUGAAGCAGGUCCUUCAAAGUACAACUCUCACUCUUUUCAGGGUUAUGGCCGAUGAAGAAGUGACUCCCAGCCUGGCUUAUUUCUUAGUAGGCAUUCUGAGUCUAAAGAGCCCAUCCAGAAUGAGAUGCUCUUCUGAAGUCAAGAAGGAAAUUGUUCUAUUUUUAGAAACAACAAGGAAGUUCUCCAUGAUAAAAUUCAGAGCAAUAAUGAAGUCUCCGAAUCUUCAGACAUUAGUGAAGCAUUUGGCAAACCACUGUGAUGACCCAAGGGCUUUAAAACUCAGAGAUGCAUUGGAAUGCCUCCCAAAAUAAGCAUGUCUACCCCUACUCUGCUUACUUGGUUUUCC